CCCCUUCAUGUUGACUUUGCGAGCUCCUCUCGCCGUCGCUGCUCUCCAACAAAUCAUUCAUUCUUUCAAGUGCAGUCCAUGACGGAUGCGUCCUCUCCUUCAAACCCUCGUUAUUUAUCGUGCCUUUUUACAUCAAUAUGAUUGAACUCACAGUUGGCGAGGUCUCCGGCGUGAUCGCGGCCAUCAUAACGGCCUUGCAGAUACUUUUACCGACAAUGGUGGCUCUGGUCCUUGUAGGGCUGCUGAAUGCGGAUAUGACGGCCACCACCUGGUCCUCGGUCAGCGCAACCCUUCACGGCUCAUACUGGGCGACUCUUUUUCGCGCAGAUACCGUCAGCUCUACCAACGUGCAGAGCACGACGAAAUGGCUCCUUCGGCUGGGGGGAACAGCGGCGCUCAUCAUCUCGCUCGCGUCGAUUGUCACCCCAAUUGGGCUUUACGACGAAGUUGGAGCUGAGUCGGGGACUCAAGAUGUCUCAUUCCCCUACGUCGCCGACAGCGGCCCCUUCGGCUACGGGACUCCCGCACGAAGCACGCUGGGCUUCAACCGUCAAUGCGGUGUGCCGAGUUGGAGACCCUGUCCUGGGUCCGACACCAUCGAAAUCGAGUCGGCCGACUCGAUCGCCUCUGAAUUCCCCUUCGGCUAUGAUAGUCGCGUGCCCUCGGACAAGAUUACGCUCUUCCAGAGCGGGUUAAAGGAACAGGAGCAGACAGUAUCAAGCAUCUUUGACAUCCAGUUUCGUUCACACACCAAGAGACAAGAUCCAGAUGUCAACAACGGCUCCUUCUAUGAGACCGGCUCCUAUCGACAGCUGGGGACUCUGAUCCUCGACGACACGGUGGAAGCAGUUGAAGGCUUGGUGGUGGACAUGGUCAAUGGCGCCGUGGCUUUCCGGAACCACACCCUGCCCGCUACACUGACCUUAGGCGGUAUCUGGCAGGAAGAGCUUCUGGUCAUGCAACCCGAAACGCAGUGCGUGAAUACAAAUCUCACCAUCGACUUCACGCUGUCGGGGCUCAAUGGCUCAGUCGGCGGCAGUGUGCGAGACAUUGUCCUUACAGACCGUGGCGGCUUCGCCAAUAUCGUGCAGAAGCUCCCCGAGUACGACAGGUCAGCCCCCCAGGUCAACGCUGACCUGCAAGGCCGAGCUUAUCAGAGUGCAUGGUUUUUCAACGUCCUCCUCGCCGUGUAUUACAACGUCACGCGACCGAGCCCCGACGUCUUUGGCUAUCUCGAGUCCGAAGUCGGCAAGACAUUCCAGCUUCCCGAGACCACGCUGCUGAACAUCGACGAGCUGGCAAUCUCGUCGUACAGCGAGGUGUUCUCGACCUUCCUUGCCAACGACAACAGCUCCUUUACCAGUGACGACAGUUUUCCGUACUGGCCGAACCCGUUUGGCAUUUCUCGGUCCAAUUUCAGCGACAUUCUGGACGAAUGCAAUGGAGUCAACCCGUUCAGCAAAUCCAACAUGUCGAAUGUAGGGGUGGCCUGUGGCCUGAUAUAUGGUGUUCCCCGGCUCGCCAACGGCAACACAGAGCUUGUCUACGAGCCCGGAGCCCGUCUGUCAAUGCCGCUGAUCUCUUGUGCGAGCGCAGUCAAAGUGAGUGUGCAGACAUUCAACUUCCGAUUCAACGGCACUUCGGGUCUAAGGUCACUGCAUGUUGACUCUAUCGACCCUCAGAGUCCUUCGUCCCGUCCGUUAUAUUGGGGCGUUGAGAACAACUCCAACCUUGACUUGACGAUUACGGAUGCGAUACCGCUGUGGGGGCUUGUCUCGAGCGACACGCGCGAAUCCUCGGCGUUGUCGGUGGUCAAGUCUCCUCACCUGUACCUGACGGCGUACAUGAACGCCUUCACGACCGGGCUCGGCUCCACCGGCACAGACAACAUGCCGGGGCUCAACUUCCCCACCAACGCACUCGCCUCUGUGUACAACGGCGACGUGUUUGACAGCUCAACGGGCUAUGGGGAUUACAGCGGCAAGAACUCGUUCGCCAUGUACGCGCAAUGGCAGAAGCUCUCGGCCACCACCAACGGGACCGCCCGCAUCGUCAAUCUGAUCUAUACCGAUGUGCUGGCGAACGGGCUGGUCGGCACGAAGUCCUGGCUUCCAGCAUCCGACGCCAUCCCCGGCACCGCCGAUGGCUCUACCGCGACCCAGAAGCGCAAACGGGCCGCUUCUUCCACCGCCACCGCGGAGAGCUCCUCGCCGACCACGGCUCAAGUGCCUGUGCAAGUCUUUACUCGUAAGAUCCGGUACCAUUGGGUAUACGGCAUCCCGGCCUACGUGGGAGUGUUCCUCACCGGAAUCGUGGGGUUCAUGACUUUGGUCCUGCUCUGCCUGGGUCGUGCAUCCCCGUCCAAGAUGCGGACGUACCUCAACGCUACAUCCCCCGGUCGGAUACUGACCAUGUUUUUGUAUCCCGGGGAGUAUGAACCUCAGGCAUCAGCGAAGCGUUGGGGACACGGUGUUGGCGCAAAGAAGGUCCGCAUCGGAAAGCCCACGUGGGUUCCUCACGCGAGCCAGCCUCUACUGUAUCCUGAGAAACUGUUCGCGUACGGAUCCAGCCCUGGCGCCGUGAACCACCACGGCUUUGAACCCGAAACCGACGUGGUUCCAUUGAUCGACCAGAAGACCGGGGCUGGGAUCCAGAUGACGCCUAUGGGAUCGCCAAUGCCGGGUCUAGGGCCCGGUAGCAACGGCUUUCCGGGGCCUCAAUACCAGCCGCACCAGGGCUACGUGAAUCAAUUCGGUGGAGGACAGCAGCAGGGCGUCGGUGGCACGCCGCACUUUCCUCCGCCUCCAACCAGGCUCGCCGACGGUGGGUAUCCCGCCGGUGGUUUCGCGCGAUGAUCAAUAGUCACGACCACAGGCAGACAUUGAGAAAAAUGAAUAUUGGAGAACGGCUGUCGAUCUGCUCCCUGUUCGGCGUCAGGGCCAGCAACAUCUUUGACAGCCCCUGGUCUACCUCUAUGAGCCGGUCUCGUUUGCCGCUGCAUCCCCAGGAACGCCGUGGUUCGCGAAACUGGCUACAUAGCCUCCAAUGGCUUUGCCUCGUCUUCGUAGGGAGACCCAAACACCGUCCGUGCCUUCCGGAUCCUCGCCCAGAUUGAGCUUGGGCUUUCUCCCUCGCCAUAUCAUAAUGCUGGGUACCUAGGUAGUUCACGCCAAUACGCCCGCCUCCAAGGUGGGCCCCACAAAGCA